AACAGUGCAUGUGAACACUUCACAAUUGUCACAAUUUCACAAAUAGAUUUGUUAAGUUUGAAAUAAGAGCAUUGUUAAAAGGGAUUACGAGUAUCUUACACUUUUUUCCAUAUUAUACUAUUAUUGAUCUAAUUAAUUAUUGAGUGGCAUGUAAUUUAUUAGACUUGAUACAUAAUAGAUAAUGCAUAAUAAUAAUUUUAAUGAUAAAAUUGCUAGUCUCUUGUUUAGUAAACAAAUAACAAAGAUUGUUUUAUUUUUAUGGAUGAAACUCCUCAUCAUUGUUUAUCCUCUUUAAAUUUUAACAGAAAUAUCUGUGUACUGGUAUGUACUGCAACUUUUUUCCGUUGCUGGUAUGUACUGAUACUUUACUCAUAAAGUUUUGGAUAAAAUCACAGAGAGUACGAAUAAAAGAAAAGCUCAUUAGCUUUGAGUGUAGAGAGUGAGAGGGUUCACGAGCUCGGUUGGUCUCACGCACCGCCUCUGCAACUGCAAAGUACAAGUAUUUGCCCCCCAAAAAGAGAUAGAGAAGAAAAAGGAAGAGAAUCUGAACUCGUUUUGAUUAUAAUCAAGGGUGGCUGGAAGCUUCACGGGCCUCAACCCAUUUUUGAGUCUCUUUCUUCACCCACCCACAGCUUCUACUUCCAAUCCAGUGGCUCAUAUCACGCCACCUCACACUUGCUACCGGUUUCUGGUUUGAUCUCGACCACUCUCAUGGAUAGUGCUUUGCCCAUAUGCCUUUCUAUCUCUAUAAUGUGAGAGAGAGAGAGAGAGAGAGAGAGAGAGAGAGAGAGAGAGAGAGAGGAGUGGUUGGUCUUAUUCUUUUCUUUUUCCCUUAUUAUAAAGAAACUAGAAAAAGAAAGAUGGAUCGAUCGAUGAUCACAGUUGGACCAGGCAUGGACAUACCGAUUAUGCACGAUAGCGAUCGCUACGAGCUUGUGCGCGAUAUUGGGUCGGGAAAUUUCGGGGUGGCCAGGUUGAUGAGAGACAGGCAGACUGACGAGCUUGUAGCCGUUAAGUACAUCGAGAGAGGUGAGAAGAUUGAUGAAAAUGUACGGAGGGAAAUCAUAAAUCACAGGUCAUUGAGGCAUCCCAACAUUGUCCGGUUCAAAGAGGUCAUCUUAACACCAACUCAUCUAGCCAUUGUAAUGGAAUAUGCAUCUGGCGGAGAGCUAUUUGAGCGAAUAUGCAACGCUGGGAGAUUCAGUGAGGAUGAGGCACGCUUCUUCUUCCAACAGCUUAUAUCAGGAGUUAGCUACUGUCACGCAAUGCAAGUAUGCCAUCGUGAUCUGAAAUUGGAGAACACUUUGUUGGAUGGAAGCCCAGCUCCACGUUUGAAGAUUUGUGACUUUGGAUACUCAAAGUCCUCAGUGCUGCAUUCACAACCAAAAUCAACUGUUGGUACCCCUGCGUACAUUGCGCCUGAAGUGUUACUUAAGAAAGAAUAUGAUGGCAAGAUUGCUGAUGUAUGGUCUUGUGGGGUGACUUUAUAUGUCAUGUUGGUGGGUGCAUACCCUUUUGAGGACCCAGAGGAGCCUAAAAAUUUCCGCAAGACAAUACAUCGAAUCUUGAAUGUUCAGUACUCAGUACCUGACUAUGUUCAUAUAUCUCCAGAGUGUCGUCAUCUGAUCUCAAGGAUUUUUGUAGCUGACCCUGCAAAGAGGAUAACCAUUCCUGAGAUCAGAAACCACGAGUGGUUUCUGAAGAAUCUUCCAGCAGAUCUCAUAGAUGAGAAUACGAACAACCAGUUCGAUGAAGCCGAUCAACCAAUGCAAAGUAUUGAUGAAAUAAUGCAGAUCAUUUCUGAGGCCACAUUACCCGCAGCUGGUGCCAACAGCCUCGACCAGUACCUUACUGGUAGUCUGGACAUUGACGACGACAUGGAUGAUGAUUUGGACACAGAUCCUGAACUGGACAUCGACAGCAGCGGAGAGAUUGUUUAUGCAAUGUGACUGAGAAAAACUAGGUUUCCAACGCUUGCCCCUAAAAUUUUUACUGCAUCUUAUAUGUCUCGUCUUCAGAUAUGUGAAAAGGCUUAAAGGUUUUCAGUACUUUCAUUGUACUGAAGGAGUCUUAGGUUUGCAAUGUCGAACUAAGUGAGACUCCUGCCUUCCAACUGUCUUUCUGCUUGCGGUUUCUUUUACUAUUGACCUGCUUCUCCUGUUAGUAACAGGCUGCUACUAUUUUUUUUAAGUCACUGUUCUGCCACGUCUAUGGGGCAUUUAUGUGUUCUAUUAUUUCCCACUUCUACUUGUGGCAUAAGUAAACCUAAAAUUGUGUUACUGUUACUCAAAAAUGUAUCAUAAGUUAAACAGCAAUCUGUAUUUGGUAUUGUUUUUC